AUGACCUUUCCUCUCAGUUCAGAGAAAAGCUAUCCGAGAGAAUCCGCUCUCGAUCUGGAAGCAAACCUACAGGGUUCCCGAGGACCCUGUCCUACGAGUCCCGUCCGACCACAGCCUGGAACCUGGAAGGGCUCCAAAGGGCCCGAGCAAGCCCGCUGCCCUCCGCCCCAGCACCCGCACCGCGAAGCCCGCCACAACUCGCUCCAUUACUUCCGACCUCGAAACUCAGACGUCAGCUUCCAGGGAAACCGAACACGCGAGCUCAGCGGACGCCGGCGGGGCCGGAGCCGCCGCCCCCGGACAGGCUCCGCACGGAGCGGCCCAGGAUGUCCUCAGGAGGCCUCCGCGUCCCGACCCCGCCCGACGGGCCCCCUGUUGGCCGUGUUCGCCGCUCUGACGCGGAGCCCCAACCCGUCGGGGGCCGCUGAGGGCUCAGCUCCGGGCGGGAGAGGCACCCGGGGCCCCCACCGCUCUCGCCGGCGCCCAGGCCUCGCCGGCGAGGCCGGCUCCCCCGCCUCAGGCCUCUGCUUCAACUCGGGAGACGCCGGGGCCCGGCGAGGCCUUACUCUCUCCCUCACCGGCAUCAGCAUCGCCUGCUUGUUUAUUGCGAAGCAAAUUCUCAACGCCCAACCCAGACCUCCUGAAUCAGAAACUCUGGGGAUGGGCUCAGCAGUCUUUAGCAAGCCUCCAAGUGAUGCCGGUGUCCGCUCAAGUUUGAGGACCACUGCUUUAUAUAAUAAUAAACGCCUUAGUAGCAACAAAAAGCUAAUUAUGGGAGAGCUUAUUGGAGAGGAGAUGGAUUUAUUUAAAACAUUUUGUUACAGCCUGUUUGUUUUUUAA